AUGGCCCUUCUAAGCAAUUCAGAGUUCCUCCAAGCAGCAGCAAAGCUGUUUGCAAGUGCGCAAGAGACGAGAUCGUCGUUGUAUAUAACGCAAAAGCGUCUCAAUGUUGAGGACCCGGUAGAAGACGAGGACUCGAAGAGCCAGGUGUCCCAGUUCCUGUCGCAGCCACCGUUACUGGCGGUCUCGAAGAUAACGAAGCCUACAAAGACGUAUCCAAUUCUGAUAAGAAUCACAGACGGUGCGAAGGAUAAGUCCAAGAAGCAGAAGAUCUCAACGCAGGUGGAGCCUGAGCAUCUGAGCAAGUUCUGGAGGGAGUACUCGUCUGUGGUGAAAUCCGGGGCUACAGGGCUGAAGAAGAAAGAGAAGGGUAAGAAGAAGAAGAAAUCUGCGAAAUGA